AGGUGGUUCCAGUUGAGGCCAAAGGGGGCAGCAGAGCGUGCUGUGAGCAAAUAAGGUCUUGAAGAUUGGGGAAGAAGAACAGCAGGAAGUAGUUUGAUGUCCUUGUGCCAGAAAGACAACUACGGACGGCGCUAACGAUGAAUAGAAGCAUAUUUGCCCUGCAGCAGGUGGCGCGGCGGACCAUCUGCAACUCUUCUCGGCGUCAGGUGGACAACCGUGUCCCCAAGAACCAGAAACUGUUUCAGGAGGACAACGGGCUCCCCGUCCAUCUAAAAGGCGGGACGGCCGAUGCUUUGCUGUACAGAACCACCAUGGCGCUGACUGUCCUGGGUGUGGGCUACGUGUUGUACGAGCUGGUGCAGGCGUCAUACCCUCAGAAGAAAGACUGACUCUGUGUUGACGUCCUCCGUGUGUUGUAAAAAAGAUGAUGUUCAUGGGAUCAAUAUUUAUUUCUUCCUGAGGAUCAAUUAAACGUUUAAACAUGU